AUGUCGACCUCAUCGGAGCGAGAGCCUUUUGUGGAGGCCCGCUUCCUCGAGGACUUCGAGAAGGGCUCGGAACUGCUGGAGGCGCCUUUCAACCCGAACGUCAUGAAGGCGGUCAUCAACGCCUACCGCGAGCUCAUUGACGACGCCGCCAUACAAAUACGCAGCAGCAGCAAUCCGGGACUGCCCCUCGCGUUCCGGCUCUUCUUGGCCACACCCACCGACACGCUGCAAAUCGCCCAGGACCAGGGGUGGUUGCAUCCCGACAACCCCGUCCUCAACCUCGCCAGGGCCAUCCGGACCCAGUGCAAAGGCGCCAUCGAGCAGCCAGAGUUCACAGCCGACAAGGGGUGCGACGCCAUGCUCAUGUACCUGAACGGCCUGCGGGACCUCGACUACGUCCUCGCAACGCCGGGCAUGCCCGAGGGCAUCAAGGCAAACAGGCAGAAAUUCCUCGACAUCGACCUCAAUGUGCUCGUCGUCGUCCACUUCGACUACCCCCAGGAGCUGAUAUCCUUCUAUUUCCUCGGCCAGGGCCCUCUGUCCAAAGAAACCCUGGACAAGAUGGUCGCCCUGACUGGCGCACCACCACCGUCGCAAGAGGUCUACACCGACAUCGUCGGCGUGCUGCUGGACUCCUCGUACUAUCUCACCGUCUGCAUGGACUACCACACCGGCAGGAUUGCCAAGAUCGAGCUGCACCUGCUGUUCCCCGUCAAGCUGCCCCCGGAUAUGAACAUCCCGACCGUCCCGGGGCGGCUGGAGAGCUUCUGGGAUAUCCCCAGCUAUGAGUCCGAGGAGAUGGAUGUGCUGUCGUACUGCUUCGGCGACACGCAUACCGGCGACAUGUUGGCAUUAAGAGGAUCGUAUGCGACGGCUCUCUCCCUGAAAGAUUUACAAGAGCUUCAUCCAGCCAAGAUUAGCCCGGUCGACCCGGAGCUGAAGCUCACGUAUGGCCAAGUCAAGGGCAGUGUGGGCCUCCGCAAGCGGAUCGCGAGCCUUCAUUCCUCCAGCGAUGUCAAACUGACAGAAGACAACGUCGUCAUCACCCCGGGGUCAAUAAUGGCGAAUUACCUCGUACUUGCCUCAAUCUGUGGGCCCGGAGACCACAUAAUCUGCCAAUUCCCUACUUACGGGCAGCUUUACCUCCUGCCAAAGCACCAGGGCGUCGAUGUAGAUCUCUGGACGAUGAAGCCCGAAGGCGAAUGGGCCCCAGAUGUUGAAGAGCUUCGGAAGAUGAUCAAGCCGAAUACCACUGCAAUCAUCAUCAAGUCUGAUUUCUUGGAAAAGAUUAUCGACAUCGCCCGAGACUCUAAAAUCACCGUCUUCUCGGACGAAGUAUUCAGCCCGCUCUUCCACUCGCCGACCGUCCCUCCCCCUCCAGCGGUUUCCCUCCCUUACGCCAAUACUGUUUCCACGGGCUCCCUAUCCAAGUCCUACGGCCUGCCCGGGAUCAGAAUCGGCUGGGCCGUCUCACAGGACCUGGACCUCAUCCAGCGGAUCGUCAACCUCCGGGACUACACCACACUUUCCGUGUCCCAGAUCGACGACGGCAUCGCACGCCACGCGCUGAGCCCGGAAAUCCUCCCGCAGCUGAUGUCCCGGAACCUGGCGAGCUGCGCGGAGAGCAUCGCGAAGGUGGAGGAGUUUGUAGGCAAGCACCGGGACCGGUGCCGCUUUGUCAGGCCGCAGGGGGCAGGGACGGCGUGGGUGCAGAUCGUGGACGCGGGCGACGGCCGGGCUGUGGACGACGUCCAGCUGGCCCGGAGGCUGGCCACGGAGAAGAGCGUGUGCGUGGUUCCUGGGGGCCUCUGCUUCAGCGAGGAUGGUGGUGGCGACUUCAGGGGCUAUCUGCGGUUCAGGCUGGGCGAUCCUGAGGUCUUGGAAGACGGGCUGCGAGCUCUGGGGGAGCUGCUGUGA